AUGAGUACCUCACAAUCUACCCUACAACGUGCAGUUUGGACACCUAGAUUACCGCUGGAGCUCACAGAUCAAAUAAUUGACGCUCUUUCCGAUGAUGUUUCCUCUCUCAGAGCUUGCGCAUUAUCCUCUCGCCAACUCCUCUGCCACAGCCAUUAUCACCUAUUCCGCGCCGUAUGCUUCGAUUUCAUCCCACAUCGGUCAUUCAAUCACUACGAAAAAUUCUCGGAGAAGUGCCAAAAUGUGGCGCCACUUGUAAAGAGUCUUACCUUGAGGAGCGAAAAUGAUCCCCAGGACAUAAUCCCCUCUCGUACAUGGGUCACCUCCGAACUGCAGCUGCCUAUCGUCUUUGGAAUGAUGAAGAACUUGAUGUCCUUGCAUCUUGUCAAGAUGGAACUAGUCGGCAUUAAUAUCAUCUGGCCUGAAGUCGAGGAAUUGGAAAUGAAAUGUUGUUCUGUGACGAACCUUGGCACCUUCCUCAGCGGGUUCCACAAAUUAAAGAAGCUAAUGCUUUACGACGUAGAAAUUGUUGAAGAGACAUCUUCAUCAUCUUCAGUUUCUCUUGACCUUGAAGAAUUAGUGAUCACCCAAGGCAACACCCAAUCAGACGCACAUACUAUCAAGUGCCUCCUCCCGCUCCUCUCCACGCCAUCCCGUAUUCGACGGCUUACCUACCCACUUUACUAUCCAGUGUGGAACAUCCCACAAUACGACGUGAUUCCUUAUACGCACCUGGAUGAGUUGUUUCUAGUGGGAGCCUCCGAUCCAAGGAAACCUGUUCCGGAUAUCCAAAAUGUUACUAGGCUUCAUUUGCGUGUGUUCACCCCCUGGUACUUUUGCUGGAAUCUGGGGGAUGAAUGUGAAACCUAUGACAAGCUAAUAGAUUGGCUCAUACACCUGCUACACAAAGCCCAAGGGGGGUGCUUAAAGGAAGUCGAAUUGGAGUAUGACCUGAUUGGCAUAUCUGGGAGUCCGCACAAGUGGGCAGAGCUUGAUGCAGUUCUAUCGAAGAUGGAAUUGAGCAAGGUUGACCUCGUGUUCAGCACAGCUCCAUAUAAGUGGGAAAGAAGAGAAGAAGAGAAAGCCAAGUGGAAGCUGGAGGGAUUGAGAUACAAAUCUGCUGUGUUCUUUGAACAAUUGGCCUGUCGUGAUCAGAGACUAGGCCGAGGGCAUUUACUGUCUUGGAUCGUGCACGUUGACCAUUGGUGGUUGCCAACCAUAUCAUCCUCUCUUCUGCGAUCUUCCUACGCCAACCUCGUGACAGUGUGGUUCGAGGAUCAAUGACUAGCAUAUCCUUUAUAAAU